GUUCGACUUGACUUCAACCCCACGUCGAAACGUCGUUAUCGAUAAGACGCUUGACCCACCUCGCCGCUUAUCGCUGCGCGUGGUGGGCCGCAAAUGCUGCACAGACCAGCAUGCCUUAACAAUUUCCACACAGCCCUAAGCCCACCAGCUCAACCAAUUUACGGAAUUUUUCCAGGUAGGUUCGGAUCGUGACGACGCCAAAUUCGACCAUCACCCGACAACAAGACCGCCAAGAUGGUUGCCUCAAAGAAGCACAUCCCGAUCGUGAAGAAGCGCACGAAGCGCUUCAUGCGCCACCAGAGCGACCGGUUCAAGUGCUUGGACUCGGCAUGGCGCAAGCCCAAGGGUAUUGACAACCGCGUCCGGAGGCGGUUCAAGGGCAACCUGGCUAUGCCCUCGAUCGGCUAUGGCUCCAACAAGAAGACCCGCCACAUGAUGCCUUCCGGCCACAAGGCGUUCCUCGUCAGCAACGUCAAGGACGUCGAGCUCCUCCUUAUGCACAACAAGACCUACGCCGCAGAGAUCGCCUCCAACGUCUCCUCGAGGAAGCGCGUCGACAUCAUUAGGCGGGCGAAGCAAUUAGGCGUCAAGGUCACCAAUGCGAAGGCGAAGGUCACGACGGAGGUCUAAACGAUGGGCAACAAUCACGGGGCAAAUUCUUUCUGUGUUUCGGAGCAUCUCAGGCGGUCUUAGGGAAAGGUUUGCUAUUUGUCUGCGAUUGCCUAGCACCCAGCCGAGCUAGUGGAAUACAAUUGCAGCCACCUUCGUCAUGGGCAAACGGGCAGCAACCGGCCUUGAGCUACGGGUCAGGUCUCUCUGGGUGCUUGGAAGGGAGAUGUUUCUGGGACUGAGCGGGGAGUGAAUCAACGAGCGCCACUGGGUGACCGGGCGCCGGGGCUUUAUGGCACGAUCAACCGAUGAUUGGGAUGGGCGUUGGGCAGAAAUACUGUCAUAUUGCUCGGGUCAGUGUGAUAGAAACGCCGACUGUUUGCGCAGCAAAUGGAAGCAGCUCUGCAAGUUCGUGACUCGCGACAUGCCUGUUAUGUGUCGACUCCAGCCCCUGUCA